CAGCUGAUGACUGGACCUCCGCGCAGGAGGAUAUUUUGGACGCGGAAAAAGCAAAAUUUCAGUGGAAAACCAGAUAUUUCCCAGUGAGAAAUGAUGUGAGGUGGCACUAUGAGUGCUGUAGUGUGUUUUCUGAUAAUUUGUGCCAUCAUUUACGGUGGAAUAACAUGGCUCCUCCCCAAGCUCUUCGGGUGGUUCCUUGUGCACAAAUUCAAGAUAAAAGUGCGCUUUGGCCGCAUCAGCUUCCCAUUUUGCUUGAGAGAUGUUGAAGUGUGUAAGAAUGGCUUUUCCGUGCACAUUGAUGAGAUCGGGAUUCGCAGCAGCUUCUUCAAUUCAGAAGUGUCAAAGUUCCUCUCCAUCAACAUACGCGACAUUCGGAUUAAUAAGGACAUUGUGGCCAAGACUGGAGGCUCAUUCCCAUCGCCGGCUGUCUACUCGGCCCCUGUGGACUUCCGCAAUAAGAAAGUGCCCACGUCUAUCAUCAACUUCGCUCAGUUUAUGGCCAUCCACGUGUACAACAUAUCACUGGUGCUGAUGAACAACGAUCUGGAUGCCGGAUGGCUUCUGCACGCCAUCGCCAGUGAGAUGCAUUUGGACGGUAGCAUCGUGCAUAACUCCAAGACGCUGAUCGUCACGGCGGCUCUGUGCGACGCCCAAGCGAAGAUCCUGCGCCACUAUCCUACGCGGAAGCCUUCGCUGGAGAGUCACAGCAAAGCAAAGCCUUGCCUGGCGGAGUUCAGCUUCGGUGUGGCCUUGGAGGGAAUUCUACUGGCUCAGGGACCAAUCUCCGUGGAGAAUCUUCAGGUGACAAUGAGCAACACGAAGACCACCCUUCACGAUGGCUUGUAUGACUUCCUGCGGGUCGUUGGGAGACAUCCGCGGCCGAAAGUUGUCAAAGCAGUGCCUCAGGGUGAGAAGGACGCUCAGAAUGCCUAUGAUUUCAUCUCACCCAUCAUCCCGAAGAGCUUCACGCUGAAAAUCGAGGACACGACAAUCUCUUCGGUGCGAGAGAACAGCUCGAAUGACUUCUCUGCCCAAUUGCAAGCGUUCACAGUGAGUGGGAAGUUCAGCAGGAAGAAUCCGCAGGCGGAGUACAAGCUUCCCACGCUGUACAUGGGUCUGCACUUGCAGAAUUUCGAGAUUGACACGAAUCACGAGAAGAUCCUGUUCGUGGACAAGCUGACGAUGGACUCGAAGCUGGAGAAUGACACUGUGAAUCUCUACCUGAAACUGACCACUUUCCAAGUGAUCUACAAUCAUCCGGAGAUCUAUGCGUGGCUAAACAGCAACUUUUUGAAGGCGAUGAAGAGCAAUCCGGCGCCGAUGAUGAAAGUGAAGGCGCGUCCGGUGGGAAAGUCGCACGUGGAGGCGUUCCUGAAGAAGGUGGUGAUCAAGGGAUGCGCAGAGCUGUGGAAUGUCACGUGCCUGGGGAAGUUGAGUGGCGGUCAAUCGGCCACAAUCAACAUCAAUCACGCGAAGCUGUUGCUUGAGCAGUUCGACGAGAUCAGAAGUUGCGUGUAUGAGAACAGACUGGCGAAUUUGCUCCUGGAGAACCGCCAUUGGAGCACAGAACUCAUGGUGGAGGGCUUGUGGUGGUCACUGGGCAGUGGUGGGAAGGAGUUCAACAAGAAGAAGGUGCACACGAAGGGCAGUCCGUUCUACAUGGGCGUCAGUCUCAUCAAGAUCAGCAGCUAUGGCAAUGCCACAAAACUGGAUGUCUCCAUUCACACGCUGCGACUUGAGUGGAGUACGCUGCUGAUUGACUUUGUCCAGCAGACACUCUCGUGCAUUGAGCAGUACAAGAUGCCGGUGCGCGAGGAUCAGGUGGCGAAGAAGAAGCACAGGAUUAAGGAGAAUAAUGGAAGUAUUCUCGUGAAUGCCAAAGUCACAGAUAUCAACUUGUUCUUCUUCAACACACACGAAGCGUGCGUGCUGAUCAAUCUGACAGAAGUGGCUCUGACCAGGAGUCUUGAGCAGACAGUCCUGAAGCUGUGCGGUCUGCAGAUGGCGUUCAGGAAUGAAGUGAACAGCAUAGGAUUGACACUGAGUGACUUCCCCGAUGUGUUCUCAUCGGUAAAGUUGAUCAGAGUUGAGUAUCAGCCGCAAUCGAAGAUUCCUGAUGUGCCUCAAGUCACGGUUCAUGUUGCCAAUAAUACGGAAAUAAUGUGGAAUUCCCUUCUGCACAUGCACAUCUUCACGCUGUGCCAGGAAAUGCGAACUUUCUACACUUCGCUGAACCUCAAGGAGAGAGUUAGUGCGGAGAAACCGCCGGAUGGGGAGAAACUGAAGCUGAUCUUCGAUCUCUAUACCGAGGGCAGUUCAAUGCUGGGCAUCAAGAUCUCCCAGAGGCAUUCGAUGCAGAUUUUCCUGGAGAAUCUCUAUCUUAGUCGUACAGAUCGAUGGCUAAUCUCGCUGGAGAAUGUGUUUGUGAAUCUGGAUGAGCAUCACAUCUUCACCAUCAAAGAUGUGAACAUGAGACUGUUGAAGGAGGUGGACAUGCUGACGGCCGAGAGGACUCACUAUGAGAACUUCGUGUUGCCGUCGAAUCCCGUGUGGGUCACGUCAAUUCGCAGAUUCAGUGGAAUCUUCCCGUACGACUAUGACUUCUCGGAUGCCAUUCAGAAUGAGUUCGUGUCGCUAUUUAAGUGGCUGAAGGUGAUUCACAACAUCAAGAAGAAGCCCUUCACAGUGGACUCGCCAUUGCCGUGCGACAUGCUGAUCCAGGUGAAAGAGUUCCUACUCGAGAUGAGCGAUGAUCCGUUCGAGGUGAAGCUGCGGGAGAAUUACGUGCUGCUGCUGGAUGAGUACAAUGAGAGCAUCGAGAGGUGGGAGCUACUGGAGCAAAAGAUAGCGCAGAUGUGCCAGGAGAGGCCUCUGAUGCCUGCCAGGACGAUCGAGAGUAUGCGAGCGAUGCUAGAGAAGAAGAGCUCUGAGAUCUACAUUCAGCGAUCGAAGAAGAUCGCCGAGGCUGGGCCGCCGAGGACUCGUCUCAUUGCCUGGAUCAUGUCAGAUCUGGAGAUCAUGGCGAUGGCGGAUCCCUCGAUUCACGGAACGGAGAAUGUGACGCGCGUGAUGCGAGAGAUCGACAGCGACAGUCCGUGGCCAGAGGAGGGCCUGGAGUUUAUCACGCUCUGGUGUAGAGCUGUUAACAUGAGCUGCUCAGAGUGGAAGUUCAUGCUGAGGGACUUCCCGCAGCCGAUGUUCUCGGUGAAGCAGAUGAGGCUGUUCGGACAUCUCUGCGGUGCGGAGCAAGUGGCGCCGCGGCGAGCGAAGAGAGAUGUUCAAAUUGAGAUUGGAGAGCCUUUUGGGACGCACACGAUCCAGCGAGGAAUGCCAGCUCUGAAAUUCUACCAUGACUUUGACUGUGAACUGGACCAGUGCAGCUAUGCCUUCGGGCCGUGCUGGGAACCUGUGAUGGCGCAGUGCAACCUGAGCUUCGAAAAGAUCUCAGCUCCCUCUCGAGAUCCCAGUCCUUUGUUGCCGUUCUGGGAUAAGCUGCGACUCUUGCUUCAUGGGCGACUCACGAUGAUUGUUCGGCAGUUCACGGUGCUGCUGCACGCGUCUCUGGAUCCGUACAACACCACGGAGGAGAUGGAGCUGACGUGGAACAAUUGCGGAAUCGUGUGGACCAAUGCCAAGGUGAUGUUCAAGGGAGAGCUCAAUGUGACAGUGAGAACAGCAUCGCGUUAUGACGAUUGCAGACUGUUGCAUUUUCCCAAUUUGAAGCUCACCUUUAAGCUGCACUGGAUUUGCCUGGCGAAUCCCAAUGAUCAUCACUCAGUGAUUCCCUGUGCACCGGACAAGUUGCCAGAGUACAGCAGUAAUCAAGUUCACGACUCCUUCAGGGCCUUCAGAUCGCAGAAUCUGAAUAUUUGGAUAUCAUUUGAGACGCGAGCAGUUUCUGGACAACAGCCAGAGAUUGAUAUCCCGAAUCUGGUGCUGUACGGCUCGACGCUGAGGUGGUUCGAGAAUCUGAAGCUUAUUCUCUCUGGCGUGACCAGACCGACGCGUCGAGGACCGGUGUUCAACAAUGUGCGACCACGGAAGAAGCAACUGAGCCGACACUAUCGCAAGGCGCAUCUGCAGAUGAGUCUGCACAAGUUUCAGGUCCUCUACUGGAUCUCUCACGCGCUGAACCGUGGUUUUGAGCUGAACGGUGGCCGCGUGUCGUUCAGUUCUGAGCACACUCUCUCGUUCUAUCCAAUUGACGAUGGACUCAUUCAUCGACCACGCGCUGAUUGGGCGACAAUGUACAUGAACUGCGAGUUGAACGACACGGAGAUCUGGCUGAAGAGCAUCCUCAAUGAGAGAGUGGACGCGAGCUCCGAGAGUCUUGUGAACAGUGAGAAUCCCAAGAUAGUGAAGUUCUACUUCCUGAGCGUCGCCAGAGUGUCUUAUGGCCGGGAAGCCAUGCUGGCCACGACGGGAGCGACGUCAGAGCAGCGUCACAAGGACAGUCCGACGCACAAGCUCGUGGUGUAUGAUCUGAAGGGUGCCUGGACGAAGAACAACAGAGAUGUGGCCUUUGCUCUCUUUGAUUCCUUCAUGAAGUCGCAGAAGCUGAAGAACAAUCUCUCCACAGAAGUGUUGAAGGGCUUCAGGAAGGACGGCAGCACAACGACGCCUUUGAAGACUUCGCGGCGGUCAGAUACUAAUAUCACGACAGUCACUCCGCCACCGGGUACUUCCAUUCUCGCGGCUGGAACGCCCACAUCGAGUCUCAAUAAGACCCAGCAAACUAGUCAUGCCAUCUCGAUGCUGCAACAACUUGUCGCCGAGGCGGAUCACAAGUUUCACGUCUACAGUGACGAUUUGUCCACGCAGACGAAGGAGCAGCAACUUCAGGGACUCCAGGCGUGUCAGGACUCCGAUGUGACGCACUACAAUUGGUUCAUUUCCCUCGUGAAUUCUCAGGUGCUCUUGAAGGGCUGCGAGACGUCUGGCUACGUGAUCUUGAGUGCCGCCAAGACGGAGAUACUGCAGCGCGUGCACCGGCCGGUGUGGCGCGACCGGAGUCUCGUUUCGAAGACCACUUGGGUGGGAUCUCUGGAGUGCAUGCAGUACUACGCCACUGUGAGCGCCGGCGAGAACGACUCUCUGCUGGAUGAAAACAUCAUGUGGCUGACGGUGGACAACAUCCAGGAGAAGGACAAGGAGGCGACUGUGAUUAACGAACUGCCGGACAUUCCGCAUCUCGUGGGCAGUGGCCAGAGUGUGGGCGGAGUUGUGUCUGAGACCGUGGGCGCCUCGGGUCCGCCGGGUCUCGAGGGCGUGCAUCCGAUUCAGCUGCAGCGCAUCGUGUCGCGGUGCAAGUGUGAGUUCUUCUACGUGAGUUACGGGGAUACGAGCAUUGAUCCCGGGACGCUGACGGAAGUGCCUCCGCCGCCGGCUGAGGAGAGCAUGAGUCCUUGGGAGCGCCAGGACGAUCCGGUGGAUGCCUUCACGCUGAUGCAUCAUGAUUUGGAUGUGUGCACGAAUUCCUUGCAAUACGCCAUGAUUCUGGACAUUGUGAACAAUCUGAUGCUGUUCGUGGAGCCGCAGAGGAAACAGGCGUCUGAGAAGCUGGCCAGAAUGCGCUUUCAGCUGCAGUUGUCAAGUGGCGAGGAUCAGAAGAGGCCCAUCUUGCAUCUGCAGACGCAGGUGAGGAAUCUCAUGUCGCAGCUCAGGUUCUUCGAGAAGGAGAUUCAUCUGAUUGGCAAGGCGCGCGCUGAGCAGCGCGACAGCGAGGAGCUGAGGAAGGAGUAUGAGGAGGUGCACUCGCAAAUUCAGGAGUGCAAGGAGAAGCUGACAGUGAAGAGUGAGGAGCUAGACAUGAUCAUCUCGUGCUACAAGGAGACUCAGCUGUCGGCGAUGAACAAACUGGCCACGAUUCGGAAUGACAAGCCCUUGAUUAUUGUGCGGGCGAAUGAGAUCUGCUUCAAGCACGCCCAAUGGCGUCUCACAGAGGCGGAUGGGCAGAUUGGCAUCGCCGAUCUCAUCCUCAGCAACUUCCUUUACACGAAGAAGUCCAAGAGCGACGACUCAGUGGAGCAUCUGCUGGAGUUGGGCUAUAUCAGGAUGUGCAAUUUGAUUCCUCGGGAGAACUUCAAGGAGGUUCUCUGUCCGACGGAGAUUCAGCGAGAGAUGCCCGUGGAUCACAAGCGCGUGCUGCGCGUGUUUUGCAGGGAGAAGCAGCCCGUGGGCGGGAUUUCCGUGAAGGAGCACUUCGAGAUCAACGUCGUGCCUAUCACGAUAGCCAUCACGAAGAAGUUCUACAGCACAAUGCUGAAGUUCUGCUUCCCUGAUCGCGACACUUCGGAAGCCGAUGCUGACGACAUGGACGACGCCGCGAGCACGACUUCAGGCAGCACGACAUCGCUGAGAUCAUCGAAGCGCGCCAGCAAGAGCAAGAAGAACAACAAGGACUCGGAGUUCUACGUGAAGAUCGUGAAGGACGAUGUGGAGAAGAUGAAGGAGCGCGCGGAGAAGAACAAGCUCUUCAUCUACAUCAAGAUCCCGGAAGUGCCGGUGAGAGUGAGCUACAAAGGGAACAAGGAGAAAAAUUUCGAGGACAUCACAGAUUUCUCGCUGGUCAUUCCCACUCUUGAGUAUCACAAUGUCACGUGGACGUGGCUGGAUUUGCUGCUGGCGAUGAAGACGGACAGUCGCAAGGUGAUUUUGUCGCAGGCGAUCAAGCAGAAGCUGCAGAUCAAUCGUCAUAAGCCGCUCUCGUCCAUUGGCGAGAGAGCGUCGCCUCAGGAAGAGGACAAGGCCAAAAUGCUCUUCGGGAGUAGACAUGCUAUUGAAAAUCGAAGCCAAAGAAAGGGAGUUUUUAAGUUUAACAAGUCGUAGAAAGUAUUUCACGAUAAACUGAUGCGCUUUCGCCAUUGAUGAUGUGCUUUAGGAAUGCCCAAGGAUUGAGAGUGAAUAUUUUUUAUCUAAAAUCUCACUCGAGGUAUUAUCAAAAGUUGAAUGUA